UCAGAGGCGCCCGCAAAGCCCCGGAGCCGAGGGCGCGCCGGGAGCGGCCGCCGCCCGCCGCUGGCCGGUCCGCUACCCGCGGCUGCCCUGCGGGUCUCCCGCCCGUCUGGUUUCCGGGCGGUGGCCUGAGGGGCUCCUUGUUUCUGCGGUCGCGCACCGCCGAGUCGCGGGGCUGGGAGCGGGCUCGCCGCGCCCCGUCUCGGGGGACGUCAGCCGCUGGCUGUCUGUGAUGAACCCAGAGAACCCUCCACCAUAUCCGGGCCCAGGCCCAACGGCUCCAUACCCACCUUAUCCACAACCAGCAAUGGGGCCUAUGGGAGGGCCCUACCCACCGCCUCAGGGGUAUCCCUACCAAGGAUACCCACAGUAUGGCUGGCAAGGCGGACCUCAGGAGCCUCCUAAGACCACAGUGUAUGUGGUAGAAGACCAAAGAAGAGACGACCUGGGGCCCUCCACCUGCCUCACGGCCUGCUGGACUGCUCUCUGUUGCUGCUGCCUUUGGGACAUGCUCACCUGAUCAGCCCAGCCCUCCUGCCCGGCCAGCUCUGCCACCCUAUAGGUGUCCUGUCUCGUCUCUUCUGAUUGCUGUAAAAAUGACUAGCUCCUCACAGGCACCUCUGCCCUCAACACUGGGAUUCUAGAUUAGCCAUGGUUGCUGCUGUUUAAUUCAGUGACUUGAUCUUUUUAAUGUUGAAAAUCCAUUUCUUAUUGAUCUGUAACAAAUGUGCUAAAUGACUUUCCUUGUUUUUUUGUUUUUUGUUUGGCCAAAGCUUAGUUAUAAAAUAUAUAUUUAUAAUUUUUAAAUUAUACAUUCAAGGUAAUGGCAAGGUAUAAGACACCACUGAAUGAUUUCUUUGCUCACAACCUGUAUGUUUCAAUAAAUUUGCCCAAAAUUGAGUUGUCUAAA